AUGCCACCACCAGCUCUAUCCACUAUUGUCUCAGAGUCGCUUUCUGACCGAGAUGAUGACUUCUCAGUCCCUGGAGUUGAAGAGUUGGCUAGUAGCAGCGUACAGGAUAAAAACAUUCAGGAAUUAGAUGCAAGUAUGUCAUCACUGGAUCUGGAUGUCAUCAGUGAAGAUGAAUUUAACAACAUUAAAAACUCAAUUAUCGAGUGGGAAGAUGACACCUGGUGUCCUGAUAUGGAGACAAAGUCUAUGUCAUCAUUUGAAGAAGACGAAUCAAAGGAAAUAGAUACAGACUAUGAUGGCAGUGAUGAUGAGGACUAUAUGCCACAUAUUUGUGUGCGGACUGGCGGUGCUCUGAAGACUCUGAUUUGUCUGGAUUCCCUUCAAACAAUUAGUAUGGAGGACACUGUGCACGAUGCUGAAGACAACUCCCAAGACCCAACUAUUGCAGACAUACAUCCAAUCCCAGAGACUGCUAAAAUCAUGGUUGAGGAUGACAUAAUUGGCCAGCCAGCAUCUAUAACAUACCACAGUUGUCUGAAGCUGCUUGCCGAAUAUCUUGUUCUACCUGUGAACAUGUGUACUGCUAAGGACACAAACACAAAUGCAGAGUGUGGGGCACAUAAACCAUUUGAGGUCAACAUCCAUUCCAGGGGUACAGCUGCAAUUGUGGAAUGGGUGAGUCAGAACUUUGGUUGA